AUGGCGCGGCAGCGGGAUCAACCAGUGAUCACCAAGACAACAACAACCACCACUCAACUCAAUAUCCCAGCCAACUUUGACAACUCCCCAGCAAUCCUCAACCUGACCCUCAGCAACAACACUACAACCGAGAUCAUUGAUGACGAAGACGACCCAUUCAAGGACUUUGAUGACCUGAUCGACGGCCCCAAGACCAUCACAACCACAACCAUCUCAACGACCAAGGAAGCCGAGGGCAAGACCGAGACAUCGACAUCAUCCACAACGACCAUCAUGUGCCACUCACCCAGAGGCACGUCGCCAGCCAGUCGCCGCAUGCUACCAUUGAGCCCAGCCACCAACAUACGUAAACAAUUGUGCAUGGACAACUACAAGGAGAAUGAUGACGAUUGGGACCAGGGCGUGGAUCUCACGUCAUUCCUGCGCCACAAGAAGAACCUGGCCAAGGACUUUAACUAUUGCUCCAACAAGAUAAUGGAGAUAUCCAGUGUUCAGCUCGAGGCUCAGCGCCAGUCUGUGGACUUUGGCGGCACCAUCCAUCCACAGGCGUUCCAAGCAUUCAAGGAGAUCCUUCAAGCCAAAGAGACACAGAUCAAGAAGGCCAUGAAGUCAAAGAAGAUUGAUGAGAAGGAUUGUUUAAUGUUGAUCGAGCACUUGGAGUCUGUAACCGAGGUUCUUGACAAACUCCUGUUGGGCAACACCUCUGAUGAUGAGCAUGGUCUUCAGGAGCCAACAUCACUCAAUCACUCCACAGGCUCAGCCACAACCACCACUACCACAACGACAACCACUACCGAGAUUGCUGUUUAA